UGUAACAGAGAUGGAAACUGGAGAGACACCUAAUUUCUGGGCUCUGACUCUGCUCAUUCUACCUGGGGUCCUGGGUGGUCAGUGGUCUGUGUGGUAUCCAGAGAAAACAGUCUGUGCAGUGAGAGGAUCUACUGUGGUCAUUAAAUGUACAUAUGAUUAUCCAGAGAGAAAUGGACAAGUGAAUCAGACAAUGUGGUGUCUUAAUGAUACGGACUGCAUUGACACCGAAUAUGUGUGUCACAGUGAAAAUAUAAGCAUUGCACCACAGUUCAAAGAUAGAGCACAGUGUUUGGGUGAUAAACAAAAGAACUGCAGUCUGAAAGUAAUGAACAUUAGAGACACAGAUGCUGGAGAGUAUAGAUUCAGAUUUAUCACUGAUAAGGAGAGAUGGACUGGUCAAGAUGGAGUCACACUAAAUAUUACUGAAUUAAGCGUGUUGAUGAACUCCUCGAGUAAAAAUGGAACAAUAAGAGAAGGAGAUUCAGUUAAUCUAACUUGUGCCACAACGGGCUGCUCUCUCAGCCAAUCAGAGUUCAUCUGGGUUAAGGACAAAGAGCGCCUCCAAGAGACACACUCCACACUGCACUUCAAUCGUGUCUCGUGCCGAAAUAAAGGAAACUACUCCUGCGCUUUCAAAGGUGGAGGCAAUCAAUCUGAAGAGUUCCAGCUGGACAUUCAAGUGCCCUCCUGUCCUCCUGAUCCAGAGGCUUCAAAUUCGUCACUGAUAUUUAUUAUAGUGGGGACGCUGCUGGCUGUCCUGGUUGUAGUUCUUGUGGUGCUCAUUUACUUUAAAAGGAAGAAGACUCCAGAAGAAGAUGACAGAGAAAGAAAAGCACAGAAUUCCAACAUCAGCACUGGUUCCGUGACCACGGGCCGCAAACAGGAAGGUACAUCUGAGGAGGAAGUCAGUUAUGCCUCUGUUCACUUUAAACAGAAGAAACCACUAGAGAAGUCUGCAGGCAGUGAGCAGCAGAACCACGAUGAUGGUGUCAUCUACAGCUCUGUGUCACAUCAGUGAAGAGUUUCUCUGCAGUCAACAGCACAGAGUUUGAAGAUGCAGCUCUGAGAUUUCCAUCCGCACCAUUUUCACACAUGAUUCUACUAUCUGUUGUUUCCAAGUCUGUGGAUGUGUUUUGUGCCCACAGGAUCAAGUCUUUUGAUUUAAUGGGACUCUUGGAAACACAUUACCAUGGAUUUCCAAAAAGCAAUGUACAUUGCUACUUGAAAGUAUGUGAACCCCUUGUAUCUGUCAUAAC